AUGUCUGACGAUGACGAUUUCAUGCAAGAUUCGGGUGACGAGGACUAUGACUUUGAAUACGAAGACGAUGAAGAUGACGAGGCCGGCGAUAUCGGAAUCGAAAACAAAUACUACAAUGCGAAGCAGAUGAAGGUGGACAAUCCGGAAGAGGCAGUCGACGAAUUCCUCGGUCUGCCUCCGAUGGAACAAGAUAAAAGCGAAUGGGGAUUCAAAGGAUUGAAACAAGCGAUCAAGCUGGAGUUCAAGCUUGGGCGAUACAGUGAUGCCGUCGAACACUAUCGAGAACUCCUCACAUACGUCAAAUCCGCCGUCACUCGCAACUACUCCGAAAAGUCCAUCAAUAACAUGCUCGAUUACAUCGAAAAGGGCUCCGACGAUGCUGAGGCCUAUCAAUGCAUGGAACAAUUCUACUCCCUCACACUCCAGUCCUUCCAGAACACCAACAAUGAAAGACUGUGGCUGAAGACAAACAUUAAGCUGUCCCGGCUAUGGCUGGAGCGCAAAGAAUACACUCAGCUAGCCAAGAAGGUGAAGGAACUGCACCGGGCAUGCCAGCGGGAGGAUGGCUCGGAUGAUACCAGCAAGGGCACGUACUUGCUGGAGCUGUACGCUUUGGAGAUCCAGAUGUACGCGGAUAUGAAGAACAACAAGCGUCUGAAGGCGCUCUACCAGCGAGCAUUGCGAGUCCGGUCGGCCGUCCCUCACCCCAAGAUCAUGGGUAUCAUUCGCGAAUGCGGCGGCAAGAUGCAUAUGAGUGAGGAGAACUGGGAGGAGGCCCAGAGUGACUUCUUCGAGUCAUUUCGCAACUACGAUGAGGCCGGCUCCAUCCAACGGAUCCAAGUGCUCAAGUACCUGGUCCUGACUACCAUGCUGAUGAAGUCCGACAUCAACCCGUUCGACUCGCAAGAGACCAAGCCCUACAAGAAUGACCCCCGGAUUUCCGCCAUGACCGACCUUGUGGAUGCUUUCCAACGCGACGAUAUCCACGCCUAUGAAGCCGUGCUAAGCAAGCACCCCGACGUGUUGGCCGAUCCUUUCAUCGCGGAGAACAUCGACGAGGUCAGCCGGAACAUGCGCACCAAGGCCAUUCUGAAGCUGAUCGCCCCAUACACCCGCUUCUCGCUCCAGUUCAUCUCCAAGCACAUCAAGAUCUCCGUGCAUGAAGUAUUGGAGAUCCUGAGCUUCCUGAUCCUCGAUAAUCAGCUCAAUGCGAAGAUUGAUCAGGAGAACGGCACGGUAGUUGUUGAAAGCGCGAGUGAUGUGGAGCGACUUCGCGCCCUGGAAGAAUGGAGCUCAUCUCUAAAGGGUCUUUGGCAAACCGCCCUCAAUGACGAGGGCUUCCGUCCCGAUGACCUUGGCCGCGGUCAGGGCGGUCCGGUAUUUGCCCCGGGCUAUGGCAACGAGUCUCCUAGCGCUCUCAGUUCUAUGAAUGCGCGUCGAAGAGAACUUCGAGCCCGGCAACUUGCCGGCAAGGUGGCUGGCGUGGUGUAA